CCCUAAAUAUUCAAACCAUUACCAUGCCCAUACCUCAUCAUCCUCAAGUUACGGUCACCGGAAACACAAGAAUGAGAAGUUUCCAUUACUUCUGGUGCCAAAUCUGCCAGAGAACCUCAAGGUUCGGUUCUAUCAACCCUAACACUCAAAAUUUCUGUCCACAUUGCUUCACUCUACUAAACCACGAGCUCGCCAAUGGAUUUUCAAGACCUAACCGGUUCACCGCUGACUUGACCGAUCUCGAGCCUUCUCCAGCUGCAACAUUACUCGACUCCCUAGCGGUUUUACUUAACCGGCGGGAACACAUAGAAUUCGACACUAAUUCACGUUGGAUCACUCUUCAAUUCCGCGAUAGACCGAUGAAUCCGCUCCCCGAAAACGAUAUCUUCGAAGACGCGGUCGAUGAAUUCGUUCCGAACAUGGCCGAUAUCGAUCGAACACCAGCCGGGCCGCCUCCUGCGAGUUCUUCGGCCAUUGAGGCACUACCUGUAGUGAAGAUUAAUGAAGAACAUUUGAUGAAAGAGACGCAUUGUCCUGUGUGUAAGGAUGAAUUUGAGGUUGAUGUUGAAGUUAAGGAGUUACCAUGCAAGCAUUUGUAUCACUGUGACUGCAUUGUUCCGUGGUUGAAUUUGCAUAAUACUUGCCCGGUUUGUCGAUUUGUGCUGAGAGAUGAUGCUCAGCCAGAAAAUUAUGAUCAGUUGCUUGGAUUUGAAGACACUGUGAAUUGGAUUAGGAAUCAUUUUUUAUGUUCGUGGCCUGUUCGUGCAGUUUCGGAUUGGAGUCAGAGAUAUCUUGAUUUCUUGGACAGAGUUGCAAAUUCUAGAGCUAAUAAUUCCUGGUGGCGAACAUGGCUCGUUAUAUAAUUUCGCGAAUUCAUAAAUAUUCAAUUAUUUCAUGUUAGCUGAGAAGGUAAAUUUUCAGAAUUGCAAAAUCAAAAAGGUAUUGAAACUUAAAAGGUACGCUUUACUAUUCUUUAUAUUAUUAAACUACGUACUAAUAUUUUUGUUAAUCUAACUUUAAUUUGUUGUUUGUCAUCACUUGAUUUUUUUGUUUUUUCGCAGCGUUGAGGAUUCAUUCCUCCGGAUUGAUAAACAUUAUAUAUAGAUGAAUAUAUGAAAAAUUAUUUAAGCAAUUAGGAUUGUCAAUAAAGUAAAUUAUUGUAGUAAUAGUUUUAAAGACUUAAUUUGUAUGGCUUACAUAAAGACCAGAUCGAUCAUAUGCAGCACAAAUUGUUCAAUGCUAGACCCAAACAAAAUAAUAUUUCUUUUGCCUCA